UCUUCUAAAUGUCCAGAUGAGAAAUUCGGGUUUUGCCCGUCCUCUGAAGGAUUACAUCAACAUUUUAUGUGGGACUGUUUCUGAAACGGGAGUCCAACCGGGAAGUCGUCGGGUCUGUUGGUCAGCAUUACAGCCCCCGCCAGGGUGUUAGAGAGGCGCAGUAAUCAACGCUACUCUCCCAUCUUCCUCAAAGCAGCGGCGCCGGCCACUUUAUAAAUAGUCCCACCUAUACUUACUGCCAGAACGCACUGGUGCCAGUGGUCCACCCUAAACACACUUAAAGCUACAUCACCGGCGUUUUCUUCCAGGACCCAAAGAUAAGACAUGGCUAAUGAAGAUAUACCAAUGAACGGGGCUGCUACCCGAGGCGACCCUGCGGAGGAUUCCCUGCAGCCAGGCAGCAGGAGGCGGCACAGACCCCUUAACAUGAACCAUUAUGCCAACAAAAAAAGUGCGGCAGAGAGCAUGCUGGACGUAGCUCUGCUGAUGGCAAACGCCUCUCAGCUGAAGGCUGUCCUGGAGCAUGGACCCACAACCAGUUUCUACGUUCCCCUCGUCACACUCAUCAGCAUCUCCCUCAUCUUACAGGUUCUGGUGGGAGUUAUGCUCAUCUUUAUAGUUAAGUGGAAUCUAAAUGACGAAAGUACGCACUACAAGUUGGACAUCUUAGAGAAUUUUGCCACAGCUUUUGUAUUCGUCAUAGUGGUCGUCAACGUCUUCAUCACAGCCUUCGGUGUCCAGCGACCCGAAUCGGGACCUUUACCAUCACAUUGAUAUGACUGCUGCUCAUCAAGACAAUAUCUUUUUUUAUAUAAUUUACCAGAUUAGAUAAUCAUUUCAUAUCAUCAGCCUUGACUGAGUUUUUUUUUCUAAAAUGGGGAUCUGAACAAAAUGGAUGGUUAAUUUCUCACCAGUUUGUUAAGGGUGCAAUAAACCACCAAGAGUACCACAAUCUAAGACAAAAUCACUGUGACUGUUGUAUCAAGUUUUUUUUUUUAUGUAUGCAUGCCGUCUGUUAAUGG